GAAGAGCCAUGGAUAUGUAAUACGUAUGAACUAAUAUAUUACCUUUAAUCUUAUGUAGUCCGUUUUUCAGUUAUUAAGUUUGAACUUAGAAGUUUCACAUUUCAUGACGUGAUGGUAUACUUAAUAUUACUGGUCAAUAGGUAUAUUAUGCAUUGAUCUUCACGUGUAAGUAUCGUUAUAGAAUUAGUUUCUGAGCGGAGCGAUGAUUGUAUCGGUUUUACAAUGAUAUUUUUAUAAUAAUUUGAGCAAAACCUGAAACUGUAUUAUUUUCAAUUUUGUUUUUUUUGUUGUUGUUAUUCAGUUAAAAAUAUUAGUAGAGACUUGAAAUUCGGACCGAAAACUAAUAUUUGCCUUUUCAAGACGUGGUAACAUUUUCAGAACAUUUUAGCCAUUUUUGAUCUUUUAUAGACAUUUUAAUUUUGCAAGUUUUUUAUGUAAUUUUUAUUCAGUAGGUACUUUGUAGAUAAAAUUGUUAGAUCAAACAAAAAUGCUUAAAAAUUUACCAGUAUGUUCAUACAAGUCAUAAUUUAUGACAAGAAAAAAAAAUUGAGUGUAGGUUAUGUAGAAUUUUUUUUUACAAGAAUUUUAGUUUCAAAUUUUGAUGAAAAUCGUAAAUAUUAUGGCCUUUUAAAACAUGUAUACUAGAACUCCGCUCAGAAUGAUUUUUCGUUACUGAAAUUAAUUGUUAUGUUCAGAUAUACAUUAAAGUCCCCUCUAUAUCCUAUCUUCUGAACUUCUCACCUAUAAGAGGUUUUUUGUAGGUAUUUUUAUUUUGAAGCAAUAAAUGAUAAAACUUAUUAUAAUUAUUAAUAAAUACUUUUUGAAAAAUAUUUAGUUAUGUUUUACAGGGACAAAUGACAAAUGAGUCUAUUUACUUUAUAAACAAAUACCUAAAUUACAUUUAAAAAAAAUAAAUUAUAAUUUAUUUAUUAAAGCUGGCGCAUACUUAUAUCUAAACAAAAUAUAUUCAGUAAAACCUCUAUAGCAGAAUUGUUCGGUACUAACUAAUUUUUCCAUUAUGAGUAGACUUCAAUAUAGGGAUAUAGGUUAUGCAGAACUGUUGUUUUCUAUUUUAAGGAGAUUUCUGCCUUAAAGUGGGUCCUUUAAAAGAAGUUUUACUGUAACUAAUUAAUUAUGAAAUGAUUUUAAUUUUAUUUAUUUAUUUUACAGUUACUUAUGUCUACUCACCAAGCUCCAAACAGUGGUACUUACCACUUGUGCAAAUCUGUAAGUUCACCGUCUAUAUUGAAAAAAUGCGGUGCAAAAUCAAUCAAUAAUGUUCCAGGACGUAAAGUACAUUUUGAUCUAUUCAACAACAUUAAAAUAAUGCUCCUAAAUUAUAACAGAAAUAAUGAUGAGGAUAAAAUAUAUUAUAAUAAUCUUAUUUGUGACAUCAGGGACUCCGCCACAGAAAUUAAGGUUAGUUAAAUACAAUUUAAGAAAUAAAUAAAUAUUAAGAUUCAAAAAUCGAAAAUAUGACAAUAAAUCACUUAUACAAUUUUAUAGCUUAAAUUUAAAAAAUUAAAUUAUGAAUGAGAACUUACGAAUAUUAAUUAAACAUAUUUGAAAGCUUUUAAGUAAAAUACCUACUUAUUAACAAGUAUAUAGCUUUUAUUUUUAAAUAACUCAUCAAAGAUAGACAUAUUAGAUAUUAACUAAACAAUUUUGAUUAAAAUUUUAAAUUCUUAAGCUAUAUAAAUUAUAUAAUUAAGCAAGGCUUUUAUGGUGUUCAAACAAGUGAGAUUUAUACAAUUUAGCUGGUACCCAUAUUUAAGCCUUAAAUAUUGUUGUUAUACCAAUUACUAUACAUUUUCGACAUAAUAUUUUUUGUUUAUUCAAAUUGAUUGAUUUACAGGAUUUUGAACUUCUAAAGUUAUUGCAAGAUGCCAGAAAUUGUAUAAAUAUAUUGAAUGAAAACCUUAAACUUUUUGUAAAAGUUAUAUUGGUAAGAACUUUCUAAAACCUUAUUUUAAACAAAAAUUGAACAUGUAUUUUUAAUAGAUUUUAAAAUGGAUGAACAGAAGUGAUGAAGUUGUCAAUGAAUAUCGUGCAUUUCUACUUGAAGUUUGUACUGCACACAACUAUUAUACAAAAUUUGCAAUAGAGCAACUUGUUGCAUGUUUUUCUCAGGGUAAAUAUAAAAAGAGUUCAGUAUCUUAUAUCUAGAUACUGAAAAUCAAUGUAUUAAGUAUCUAGAUACUCAUUUUGAAGUAUCUUGCGCUCAUCCUUGAAUACAAAUCAUUUUAUGAAAUAAAAUAUUGUAUAGUACUAUAUCAUGUUUCAAUAAUUUUUGUAGUGGAUAAUGCGGUGUAUGAUCGUGUCAAUAGUAUGCCCAGUGAAGAAGAAGAAAGAGGUUAUCUAAAUGUACAUAGGAUAUUGGAUGCUCUUUUGAAGGUCGUACCAUUGUAAGGAUUUAAGAAACAAUACCAAAUAAAUGCAUUUGAUUUUUUAAUUUUUUUUAAUUUUUAAUGAAUUUUUUUAGAGCAAAAGACUUAUUAAUGCCAGCAUUUCAAAAUAAGUUUCCUUACAAGAACAACAGUGCUGACUCACACCUUCAUUAUGUACAUAAUUUAUUAUAUGUAACAAAAUAUGAACCUUCAUUAAGAAAAGAUAUUCUUAGUCUCAUUAUUAAAAAGUCAGUAUAUUAUAUUUUAAACUUGUAGAAUAUUAAUGUAAUUAAAAUAUAAACUAUGUUUACAGAUUAGUAGAAAUUGAUGUUCAUAUAUCUAAAGACGAAUUAGAUAGAUUAGAAUCAAAUGUAAAUAUUGAAACUGAUAACAUAUUUUCUAUGGAUAUUGAUGACAAUAUUCAAGGGAAACCUAAUAAAACAGAAACACAAUGUUUUUCACAUACAAUAGAUAUUUGUCUACUGAGAUUAUUUGUUUAUAUGAAAACAACUUGUCACAAUAUUGUUGAUAGUUUAGUGUGAGUAUUAUUAGUAUUAUUACUUUAAAUUUAAUAAUAUUUAUAAUCAUACUUAUAUUUUUACUUUUUUAUUUUGUAAUAUUUAAACUUAAAUGGUAAAAAUAAUAAGCUUUUCAAUAUGCUCAGGACAGCCAAUUGUCUCUUAUCAAACUAUAAAUCAUAGUGUGUACCAUGGAGAUUAGAACUAAGAAGAACAUAUUUGCAUUCUAAAAAACAUGUCAUUUUUGUUCAAAAUAAAAUUACUAGGGCAUGCAACGGGGGCUAAAAUAUAACUAAAAUGUAUAUCAUUCAAAUCAGUUUCCAUGAAUUAUAUUUUUAGUAAUGUAUAGUGUAUAUUCUUGAUUAUAUUAAAUAUUUUUAACAUAUAUACAAUAUAUAACAUAUAUAAGGUAGAUACUUUUAAUUUAUAAAGUAUUAUUCUAUUUGUUAUAAUGUAUAAUAUUUUAAUAGAUACAUAAUAGUUGCCUACAUUGUAUUUACAAGUUUAGGCCUUAAUAGUAAUAAUUAAAGCAAAUAGUUUUGGUCACCAAAUAAUUAUACUAGGUAAUAAAUAAUGUGUAACUAAAUAUAAAUAUACUAUAUUUAAUUUUAUAAACAUAGAUGAAAACCUGAAAAAUAGUACAAAUUAAUUUAUACACACUUUUAAUAACAAUUAUUAAUUUUAUUUACUUUCAGAUUUAAAUUUAUUCCAAUAACUACUAUAAUAUUUUCCAGUUCAUUCCAAUGAGAAAACAUAAUAUAGGUACGAAGAAGUAAAAACAUUGCCUAAAAUUAUAUUAUCAUGUGCACAUUUUUUUAGUCUUAUUUUAAUUUCAUGCGCGAUAAAAAAUUCUGGAACUUGAAAAAUCAACCGAAUAGUUUAAUUGGUUUUUUAAAUUAUUUAAUGAUUUAUAAUCUUUUUAAGUUUUUUAGAUGAACUUAUUUUACUCCCAACUGUAUGUUAUUUUUUUUUUUUUUUUUGUUUUAUUUGUAAAUUAACUCGGUAAAGUAUAAAUAGUAAAAAUUUAUCAAUUUUUAAGUGAUACCCUGCGUCCUUAAAUUGUAUGUAUGCUUUCAUCUAAUAUAUUUGUUAUAAAAUAUUUGUUUAUACAUUCUAAUGUAAAAAUUCAGUUUAAAUACAUUAUCACUUAAGAAAAUGGUCUGCUCUACUAAUAAUCUUAGUCCAAGAUUGUUUUUCCUCUUCAUUUUGUGAAAUAUAAUUACUAUUUAUUAUUUAAAUUGAAGUUUCAAUUCAUAAUAGUUAUUUUAGGUUAAACGUGUUAGGACAUUUUAUUUCGUUUUUUAACUUUGGUGUUUAGUUGAAUUAUAACCAGAAGUGGAGCCUGGUACAAAACAACAAAUUUUAAAAUUAUUUAAAAUAUUUAAUUUAGUGAAUGAAACCUAGCAUUUAUAAUUGUAUUAAAAAUACGAAACAAAUUAAUUAUAAUCGUAUCAAACAUUUGUUUACAAGAAAGGUAGAUUGUUAUUGUCAUUAUUUUAUUACAAUGAUGCUUCAAAUAAACAUGAAUUAACCAUUAAAUAAAUAGAAUUUACCAUCUAAUUUAAUUAAUGCACACUAAUUAUGACACUGGAAUGGAAUGCAACCUAUCGUUCAACAAUGUGAACACGAUUUUUUGUUGUUUUUUUUUUCAACUCAUUUCUCCUUAGUUUUAUUUUUUACGGUGUGUACAUGGAUUAAGACACAGUUACAAAAAAAAACAAAUUAUAGUAGUAGAUGCUUUCUAUUAAGAGCCCCAAAAAUGCAUAUAUACAAUUAAUCUUCCAAAGAGAUUAUAUUAAGAAGUAAAAUGUUAAAAGCAUGGAUAAUUUAAAAACAAAAAUGUAAAAAUUUUUCUCUAGCAAGAGAUGAACUUUGCUAAAUUUUGAUGAAAUUUUCAAUGAAGGGUAGAGUAUUUUCUAUGGUAUCAGUUAGGCUCUUUAUAGGAUUUGAUUUAUAAUUCCAAAUGUAAUUUAAUUUUGUUUAUUUAUAAGUUACCUUGGCAACAAAAAAUGAAACCAAAUAGUUGUUAUUAUUUUAUUUGAUUUUCACAGGCAGGAAUGUUUUUAAUAAUAAAUAAUGACUAUUACUGUACAAUUUAAUAUGUAUUAUUUAAGAAUUAUCAAUAAAAAAUAUAUAUAUAUAUAUAGUUGAGGGACAUCUAGUAACUAAAUGUUAAAAAUGAAUUGAUUGGUUUUUUUUUUUUUUUUUUCAGGUGGGAUAACACUAAAUCAUUAUAUCAUGAUUUAUUAUCAGUUUUUGAAAAUGAAAUUCUCCCGACAUAUAACAGUUGUUAUAUUCAAUAUGUUAUUUACUAUUUUCUUAGUUUUAAAAUGACUCUAGCCGAUAACUUUUCCAAUUGGUUGUGGAAAAAAUGCUGCGAUGUAUCAUCUCCAAUUACUUUACGACAAGCUGCAGCUGGGUAUUUAGCUAGUUUUCUUUGUAGAGCUCCAUUUGUAUCAAAUAAGUAAUUAAUAUUAUAAUUUUUAACUAAUAAUAAGAAUAAUACAAUUUAUGAAAAAGUAUUAAUAAUUAAUAUUUUUUAUUAGUGUAUUGAAAAAUAUCCUCUCUGAAAUAGCUUUUUGGUGUAAUAACUAUAUAAAUAACGUGGAUAAAUCAGUUAAAGUAGUUACUGAAGAAUUGCUAAGAGAGCAUGCAGUGUUUUAUUCCAUUUGUCAAGCUAUGUUCUAUAUUAUUUCUUUUCGUCAUCAAGACCUUAUGGAUAGCAAACGAAGUAAGUUAUAGUGUAGUUGAAUAUAUUAUUUAGUAAAUCAUUUUUUUAUCUUAUAUAUAUAUAUAUAUUUUUACAGAUCUAAAAUUUAUGGAAAAUUUGAGAUUAUCCAAAAUAGUCACAUGUAAAUUAAACCCUUUGCGAUUAUGUUGUUCAAAAGUUGUCGACCAUUUUGCAUAUAUUACAAAAAUUUAUCAGUUAACUUAUUGUUAUUCAGUAAUGGAUAGUCACAUUAGAAUAACUGAUCAAACAAUCAAGGAUGAAUGGUUGUAUUCUUUUUUUCCAUUUGGUCCAUAUGUUCUUCCAAGGUGAAUGUUGUAUCUUUUUAAAAAUUAUUAUGUCUGCUAAGUUAUUUAAUUAGUAUAAAACAUCAAUAUAUUUAUUAUUUAAUGUUUGUUUUGAUUUUAGAUCUAAGAAUUUGAUCACACCUGAUUUGUACAGAAAUAUUGAAAUUGAUUUUUUGAAUUUUUCAAAAACUACAGGAAACAUUUCGCAUAUUGUAUCAUCCCUUCCUGAUAAUAAUAUGGAUAUUAGUCCAAGUAUGGUAUUAUCGCCUUCACCUGGAAAAAUUGAUUGGUUAGGACAAUUUGUUUAUGAUAGUAAUAAACCAAUAUUUCAUCAAUAUUAUUUUACUUUGUUAUUUUUUGUACUACCUUGACUAAC